AUGACUAAAGGACCCAAGCUCAUUGCACAGAGGAGGACAGCCCCCACCCUCAAGAAGAAAGGAUUCCCCUGGACUACCCAGAUCAUGCCAGCAUCCCAGCCCCUCCGACACCUCUGGGAAACCUUCCCCUUAUCUGGCAUCAGAGAUAAGGAACUGCAGCAAGACCAACUCCGGGACCCUGAGGGGAAGCAGGGUGGGGUGGCAGCCAACCUCCCCACCUGGCUGCCACUCUGUCCCUUGGAGACUUCCGAGGACAGCUCUCUGGAGAGCUCUCCAGACAGUUCUCUGCAGUCUUCAGGGGACGGUCCUGUGGAGAGUCCCCGGAAGGAUCCCCUGAAGGGUCCUCCAGAAAGUCCUCUGCUGAGCCCCCUGCAGAUCCCCCUGCUGAGUACCCUGGCCAGCCCCCCAGCUGCCCCCAGCAUCAACUACCCCAUGUGGCCCAACUGGUGGAGGAGAAAUAGGUCAAGGAGCUUUGCUGCCAGGCCUGGGGCAUGUUCUGAAACUGUAAAUGUGAGAAUGAAAAGUAUGUGUUUGAUGCCUUCCAUGAAGCUGAAACCUCAUUUGUGCAUUGAGAGCGUGCCAUCAGAAAUGCUGAUGAAGAUAUUUUCCUACUUGGAUGCUAUGUCCCUGGUGUGUGUUGGUUGUGUGAAUAAGCACUUCUAUCAUAUGGGCAACGACAAUGGAAUCUGGCUGAAAAUCUAUUCCAGUUGUUUUCAGCCAAAAAGGACAAUUUGGAAAAUGAAGUCUGAACCAACAGAAACUGUUUCCUUGGGCUGCGCUGCUCUACAUGAGAGAAAGCCUGGGUACUGGAAGAAAGAAUACCUCUUCAAGCAAAUAGUUGCUGUCAAAACGAGAGUAAUGUGACUUGUUAAACCUGUAGAUCCUUAUACAGGUCUUCCAUGUAAAAACAAAGAAGCUAUGCAAGCCUCUGGCUUGAGGUGGAUAAUUGUUCUAAAGGACAAAAAUGGAAAGGAACAUGUAAUGGAGAAGGCAAACCUAUCGUUUAAGGACACAUCUGUUACUAUACUUUGGUAUAGUACAAAUUGUCCAUGCUUAGACAUCCUGUCAAGCCUGAAACCGUUCGGAGUUAUGCCAUUGCUUCCUGACCAAAGCAGAGCUCCCAGCAAGAAUGGACUUCGUCGACGUUCCUUAAUUGCUGAAUACCAUCUUGCUAACCUGACUGAAAGUAGUGUAGCCGUUGGUGCUGAUAAGCUUGUCCAGCUCUUCAGUCUGAAUCCAGGACUCUUAGUAGGACUUUGA